AUGGCAAACUGCGGUCACUUGUUCACUAACAUAUGCAGUCAAAAAAAUAAUAAAAUAAACAGUUACCUUAAAUAUCUAAUGAUUGGAGUCUGGAAUGUCCGUACUUUACAGGAUAACGACCAUAAUCAGUGCCCAGAGAGAAAGACAGGACUUAUCGCAAGGGAAUUGGCUAGAUAUAACAUCAAUAUUACCGCCAUAAGUGAAACACAUCUUAGUGACUCUGGACAGUUAUGUGAACCACUCAGAGGUUAUACCUACUACUGGAGUGGAAGAUCAUCCACUGAAAGGGCAGAAAGUGGGGUAGGCUUUGCCAUACGCAAUAAAUUGGCAUGCUCACUAACAGAACUCCCAAAAGGUAUCAGUGACAGAAUAAUAAUACUCAGACUUCACCUGGCAUCCAAGAAAUAUCUUCACUUGAUCAAUGUAUACGCACCUACAUUGCCAUCUCCGGAUGAAGAGAAGAACAAGUUCUACCAAGACCUCCGACAUGUCCUUAGGGAUAUUCCUUCUGCAGAUAAACUUGUUACUUGGUGA